AUGCGCGGUCUUCUAACAUACGCUGCAGCCUCCCUUUUGGCCGCUCCGACCCUCGCCAGUCCCCUCCUCUCUACUAGAAGCGGUAACAACCAGGACAGAUGCAACCACGACAAUCCCUUCAAGGACGUAACUGUCUACGCCAAUUACCGUUAUGCCACAAAACUGCGCCAAACCAUUGCCGCCUUUGAGGCUAAGGGUGAUGCGGCGGGUGUUGCCGGCGCAAAAAUUUUACAGAAGACUCCCACUUUCAUGUGGUUGAGCUCUAUCUACGACAUCGCCUAUCUCGAGCCACAGCUUUUGGACGCCAAAGCCGAUCAGGCUGCCAAUUGGGAGCAAAGGACCGUCCCAUUGGUUAUCUAUAACCUCCCCGGUCGUGAUUGUGCCGCCCUCGCCUCAUCCGGAGAAAUCCCACUCGGCCCUAACGCCCUCAACAUCUACAAAACCGAGUAUAUCGACCCUAUAGUCGCCAUGAUCAGAAAAUACGGCGGUCUGCGCUACGUCAUUGUUCUCGAACCAGACAGUCUUGCAAAUCUCGUCACAAACAUGCAUAUCCCAGCAUGCGCUCAAGCUGCUGGGAUAUACAAGGCUGGUGUUGCGUACGCUAUCAGUCAGCUUCAAGAUAAGAACGUAGCAGUAUACUUGGACAUCGGACACUCGAACUGGCUUGGAUGGCCGGCGAAUCUACAACCUGCUGCUAAACUCUUCGCAGAAGUUAAGAUGUGGGCUGGACAGAGAACCAAUAAGUUCAGAGGGUUUGUUAGCAAUGUUAGCGGUUAUAAUGCUUAUAACUCUACUACUGCAGACCCAAUUUACGGUCUCGGUCCCGACAACUCCAAUUGGAACGAAUGGCGAUUCUUCAAGUCAUUUACCCCUUAUCUAAUUAACAACGGUCUGCCCACCAAGUUUAUUGUUGAUCAAGGCCGUGCUGGUGUUUCCGGUAUCCGCUCUGAGGGUGCCUUCUGGUGCAACAUCGACGGCGCAGGUAUUGGUACUAGACCCACCACGAAGACUGACGACUGCAACGUCGAUGCGAUCGUUUGGGUUAAGCCACCCGGUGAGAGUGACGGAACAAGCGAUAUGAGUUCUCCAAGAUUUGAUGGGACAUGUAGAGGCCCAGAUGCCUUUGUUCCAAGCCCCGAGGCUGGUGAUUGGCAUGAGGAGUAUAUUGAGAUGCUGAUCAAGAACGCCAAUCCUCCAUUGGUCUAG